AUGGCUUCUUCCAAACUUCUUGAAGAUAUUCAUCAUGAACAUAAAACAAUACCAGUUGGUGAAUGGGAUGGUAAUAAGAAUAAGAAUAAAAGUAGCAGCGAUGGUUAUAAUGGUUACGGUUUUAGCGGUGAUGAAAUUUAUAUAAAAGACGAGAUAACUAUAAUAGGUGUUAGUCAAGUUGAUAGAAUGCAACUUCAACAACAUCUUUGUAAUAUUUGGAGAGAGAAUUUUUCUUCACCGAUAAAGAAAAAUUGA